AGCAUACAUUCCUUCGGUGUGUUUAAACAAAAUAAAAAAUUUUCUGCUUAUCGGUCUUAAAAGUGUGUUUUCUUUUUUUUUCUGAGGUAUGCAGCCUAUACCCGUCGAUAAGGUGUUGAUGGCCCUAAGCAUUUUGCUUGCAACGCCAGAAAACUAUAUACAAUUAAAUUCGAAGGGAGUUGACUUAUCAAGUCUACAGCGUGGGGAUUUCGAUAAAAAUGUAUUGGCACACUGCAGGGCAUCAGAAAUGGCAAAUCUAACAGAUGACAUGGAUAGAGUAAUGAAUAACCAAAUGCUAAUAAAGAAUCGCAUAAAUUCCACUCAACUUAAACUAAGUGCAUUUAAAGCUCAUCUCAGCAACACCAAUUCGAUUGGUUGUUCAAAACAGCAAUUCGGAGAAGUCCUUAUGAAAGUGCCCCAAAUCCUUGCUACUUUUUCCGUGUGGUGUGUAAGCAAUAAAUUUGGCAACAACUGGCUCUUGGUCGCUAAACGUAAUUUCAAUGGUAAGCUGUUUCUUAAGAAAUCCACAGAGUCGGAAGAAAAUAGCAUCGGUCAUUUUUCGGGAGAAUAUUUUAUUGGUUUCGAAAAACUCAGAGCCAUCACAGACAGUCAACUAUGUGAGUUGCUUAUUGUGGAGACGGAGACUAGCAGUAAACAACAGUGGUACGAUUAUUAUCAAUAUGUGGCUUUUGGUGGGAAUAAUAAAGUGAAGCUGUUGGGUGAGCAUAAAUCCAAUCGACUCAAUAAACCACUUGGCUUAUUGGCGCAUGCACUGGCUGUGAAUGAGAAACUAAAACUGACAUUAAAUACUGAUGUCACAAUCUAUCUAAGAAGAGCAGAAUUGGGUGUUGUUUCCCAGUUGACUGGUAUAUAGAAUGAGAAUAAGAGCAAAGAAAAAAACAUGGAAGUGUUGUUGCCUCAAAAAGUAAUCUUUGCACUUUAUAUAUGCGCUUAUAUUUAUUUUGAAUCAAAUCUAUGUAAAAAAUAAAAAAAUAAUUUAAAAAGUAUUCAAAACUUGUAGGUUAAAUGCGCUUAUGUAGAACAAGUUGUUAUUGGCUUACAGUUUCG